ACAAUUAUAAACAAUAUAUGUAUGUAUGUAUGUAUUUAUGAAUCCCGUCCUCCGCCGACGCCGAGCGCCAUGUCCGCCACUCCUCUCCCGCCUCCCUCCAUCCUCUACUUCACGGACAUGGCGACCAACCUCUCCGAGGUUCACCAGUCCCACGCUAACAUGAUCAAGACCGGCCUCAUCCACUCCCCGGCCGCCGCUGCCCGACUCCUCUCCUCCGCCAUCGCCGCCGACGAGCCCCCAGCUCUCGCCUACGCCGACUCGCUCUUCGCCCGCCUCCCCGCCCCCACCUCCUUCGCCUGGAACUCUAUGAUCCGCGCCCACGCCCGCGCCCCGGACCCGGGCCCCGCACUCCAGCUCUUCUAUCGGAUGCUCCACUCCCCCACCCGACCCGAUAACUUCACCUUUCCUUUCAUCCUCAAGGCCUGCGCGGCCCUCCCCGCCCUUUCCGAAACCUUACAGAUCCACGCCCGGAUCAUCAAAACCGGGUUCGGAUCCGACAUCUUCGUCCUUAACACACUGCUCCACACCUACGCUAUCAAUGGACUUACAGAAGAGGCAUUCAAGUUGUUCGGUAGAAUGCCUCAAAAAGAUUUAAUCUCCUGGAACGCUUUGAUUAAUGCCUUAGUAGCCCAUGGCUUGAUAGAUCCAGCACGCAACUUGUUCGAUGAAAUGCCUGAGAGGAAUGUCGAGACUUGGAACUUCAUGAUCUCAGGCUAUUUGGAUCUUGGACUGGUAGACCAAUCUAGGGAACUUUUCAAUUUGAUGCCUGUCAGAGAUAUUGUCUCGUGGAAUGCCAUGAUCACAGGGUGUGCUCAUGCCGGCCGUUUCGAUGAAGUGAUUUCACUCUUUCAAGAGAUGCAGUAUGACAAUGUCUGGCCGGAUGAAUGCACACUCGUGAACGUGUUGUCGGCAUGUGCUCGAGUUGGAGCUCUGGGACAGGGCGAGUGGAUUCGGGCUUAUGUUGAUAAGAAUGGGAUUGAGAUCAAGGGGUUUUUAGCAACUGCAUUUGUCGACAUGUAUUCAAAGUGCGGAAGCAUAGAGAAGGCUUUGCAGGUGUUUAGUAACGCUUCUAAGAAGGAUGUUAGUACAUGGAAUGCAAUGAUAGAUGGUUUAAGUAGCCAUGGCUUUGGGGAGCAUGCAUUGAGGCUGUUUGAGGAUAUGCCAAGAAAUGGUUUGGUGCCCAAUGGUGUGACUUUUGUGAAUGUGCUCUCUGCUUGUAGCCAUGGGGGAUUGUUGAAUGAAGGCUGCCGGAUUUUCGAUGAUAUGGCUUGUGUAUAUGGAAUUGAGCCGGACAUAGAGCAUUAUGGGUGUAUGGUUGAUUUGCUUGGCCGAGCUGGGCUUUUGGUGGAGGCUAAGGAGCUCUUAAAGAGAGCACCAGUCAAGGAUGCACCAGUGCUUUGGAGGUCACUUUUGAGUGCUUGUAGGGAACAUGGGGAUGUUGAGUUGGCAGAGAUAGCAGCAAAGCAACUCUUGGAGUUAUGUCCUUUUGAUAGCUCUUGUUACAUUCAAUUGUCAAAAAUUUAUGCAUUAUUGGGCAGAUGGGAGGAUGCAAGGAUGCUGAGGGAGAUGAUGAAGGUGCAAGGAGUUAAAAAGGAACCAGGUUGUAGCACAAUUGAAGUCGACGGAGCCAUUCAUGAGUUCUUUGUUGGUGAUUGACCAUAUCCUAAUACCAAGCUUAUCUAUAGUGAUAUAUAACCUGUCUGUGUAAAUGAUUUGAGGUAUUCUAGAAGAACGGAUCCUCUGCAAUACUCAAAAAGUACCGCAGAGUGCUUAUAUUGGGACAUCCAUCAAAAAAGAAAUGGUUAUGUGAUGUUUAUCUAAAUAAUUCAAAUACGGUGAAGUUUAUCC